GUGCACUUUAUUUGAGAAUGAACACUUUCCUUUUUCAUCUCAAGAGUAGAUAGUGUUACAAUGCAAGCCAUUAAAUUAUAAGGAAAACUUUAUGGUUUUCACGCUAUCUUAAAGCCUAAUUUGUGACCUUGAGUCGUAUUGGUAUCGAGAUAGUGACGCAAGAGUUUGCUUUGUCUGAAGUAAGCUAACGCGACAACAGGCAGGAAUGUUGCGCUCUAGUCAGUUUUGUUAUCAUGUCAGCAUCAGACAAGUCACGACAGGAAGGAAAACGUCUCGUAGCGGUUCCUGAUUCUGACCCCUCUGAUGCUUCUGUUCAGGAUGGCUUCUCUUUACGCAAGCUGUGGGCCUUCACCGGUCCAGGAUUCCUGCUCUGUAUCCCUUACAUGGACCCAGGAAAUAUCGAGAAUGACCUUCAAUGUGGGGUGAAGGCUAAGUAUAAGAUUCUAUGGAUAGUGCUGCUGUCGACUCUGCUUGCGUUGCUGAUGCAGCGGCUGUCUCUGCGCCUGGGAGUGGUGACGGGUCAGCACCUGGCUGAGAUGUGUUACCUGCAGUAUCCACCUCUGCCCCGGCUCUUCCUCUGGGUCAUGAUGGAGGUGGCCAUCAUCGGCUCUGACAUGCAGGAGGUCAUCGGCACAGCCAUCGCGCUCUAUCUGCUCUCCAACAGACUUAUCCCACUCUGGGUAGGGGUUGUGCUCACUGUUGUGGACACCUUCAUGUUUCUGUUGCUGGACAGAUACGGUUUACGCAAACUCGAGAUAUUCUUCGCAACCCUUGUUGCUGUUAUGAUCUUUACUUUCGGAUACGAGAUGUAUUCAAACCAAGACGAUUUGCAGUUCUGGAUAGCCAAACCUGAUGGCUCUGAGAUACUGCAAGGUCUGGUGACCCCAUGGUGCGAGGACUGUGAUGGAUCAGUGGCACUUCAAGCCAUCGGCAUCAUUGGAGCAACCAUCACACCUCAUAACCUCUACUUGCACUCAGGCCUUGUUAAGUCUCGUGCAGUGGAUCGUUCCAAAGUAUCAAAGAUCAAGGAAGCCAACCUGUACUUCUUCUGGGAGUGUAUGAUGGGUCUGUCUGUGUCCCUCACCAUCAACAUCAUCGUGGUCUCUGUGUUCGGCCAUGGACUCUACCAGAAGACCAAUGCUGACGUUAUGAACCUCUGUCUUAACAGUGAUGUUCCUCACCAUAACAUUUUUACUAACAACACAGAGAUAGUAGAACUGGACAUCUACAAAAGUGGGAUAUUUCUGGGUUGCCAGUAUGGGGUACUGGCAAUGUACAUCUGGGGAUUAGGAGUUUUGGCGGCAGGGGAAGGCUCUACCAUGAUGGGUUGCUAUGCUGGACAACUAACCAUGGAGGGGUUUCUCCACCUGAAAUGGACCAAGUGGAAGAGAGUACUGUUCACACGUUCAGUUGCCAUCUUGCCAACAUUCAUGAUAGCAUUCUACAGCACCCUGCCCGAGCUCAGUGGGCUCAAUGACCUACUCAACGCCAUGUUCAGUAUACAGAUCCCCUUCGCCACUCUGCCACUCAUUGCCUUCACAAGUAACCCUCAACUCAUGGGCCAGUUCGUUAAUGGCAUAUUCAUCAAGAUCUUUACGAGCGUGGUAUCUGUGGUAGUAAUCUGUAUCAACGUGUUCUUCGUACUUUCCUCAUGGCUCUCAACUGCUCUCUUGAACUACUGGCUGCUGGCAGCUCUUUCCCUCUACUGCCUCGUCUACUUCUCCAUGUGUGGCUACCUUGUGCUACACAUGAUUGCCAACAUGACAGCAGCUGACAACACGGCACUCUCACGUGCGCUUCUCUGCAAAACAACAUGGACGAAUCGGAAUAUGCAGUUGUGGACCAUGUAAAUAAGACUUAAUAAAUGACUAUACGUUAAGUAGAAUUAAA